UAUUAAGGUUGUCGCCGGCGGCUGACGGAGUGGUGACAUGGCGGCGGUGUCCGGGAUCUUCCUUUUCCUCUCGUUCCUCCGGGGCGCCGGGGCGGACCGAGGCCCGGGCCGCAGCCCCAGCCCCAACGUAUUCCGGGAGGCGGCCGCCGCUGUCAGGGAGCUGCUGCCGGCUGGAGUGAGAGAGACCCUACUGCACUACUGGAAAAUUGCGAUCAACAGCACCACAGCUGUCGUCAACCUCGUCGCUGAAUUGUGUUCAGAUUUGCUGGAUGCUUUUGGGUUCGAAGGUGGAGAGCUGGACACGGACCGCGAGACUCUCCGGCGAGCUCUGAGCUGGGGCCUGGCCGCUCUGCUGAUUUACUUGAUGCUCUCGGCAGUCCUGCACCUGCUGGCCUACCUGGCAGGCCGCCUGCUGUGGCUGGUCAAGCUGGGCCUCUUCUUCCUGGCCGCUGGCUACGUUGUGGCCACCUGCGACGACGAGAAAAGGAGGAACACCCUGCUCCUGGGCCUGGGCGCUCUCUACCUCCUGCUGGGCCGACUGCCACUCCCUUUCAUGGGUAGCCGUUGCACACCCAGCCAGCACCAGCACCACUUAGAGAGUAAGGUCGCUGCUCUGGAGCACCAGCUGGCUGAGAUGGAGCGCAAGGUUCACCAAAGAAAACUCUAUGAUUAUGACUACGAAUAGGAAGGGAAGGGACCAGCCUAAACACACUCAGGUGAGCCUUGGCACCAGGGCUGGUCAUAUCCUUCCCUGCAAAGUUCUGGUUCUCAAAAUGGAAGGCCCCCCCCUCCUCCCCAAGGACAAGUGAGGGGAAAACAAAACACUAGGAGCAUUCUUCUCCCAGUUACUCUCAGGUAUCACCCCAAGUCCAGGCUGCUGUAACCAACUGUUAACCGCAGGGGAAAGUUUUAACGUCCUGUUGGAUCUAGGAGAGAUGUGUCACCGAUGCCUUUGUUGUUUGUCCCUCACUCAUCAGGACAAAUGUAAGAAUGCCAAAUUUCAGAUGUUCGCAGCAAUGGAGAGAAACUGGCAAGUUGACAUUGAUUGGACAAAGUGUGGAAUUACGAGUAAGUUUAUGACCCAUUGCCUGAUGAAUCUCACCGUCUUACCCACUCUUCCCUGAUUGCUUACAAAGUAGCAGCGUAAACACAACUCACAUUGAGUCCCCGUGCCUCAUCUGUCAAAGCGUCGCAGUCCCUUCCAUAGUGCUUGGUUUCAAAAGCGAUCCUUUUUCAUUUUAGAUCAAUGUUUUAAAAUACUGAAAAAUAAAAGGAUAUUGUCUA